UUUAUAAAAAAAAAAAAAAAAUAUCCACCGGAAUCCAAUUCCCAAAAUCCAAAUUAAACGCUAGCAGCGGGCUUCCUCUCUCCUAACUUACAUCAAGCUCUCCAUUUUUGUCGCUAUUAACUCUACUUUCUCAAAAUAAAGUUUACUUUCAACGUAUUUAUAAAAAAAAUAUAUAUAUAUAUAUAUAUAUUCCACCGGAAUCCAAUUCCCAAAAUCCAAAUUAAACGCUAACAGCGGGCUUCCUCUCUCCUAACUGCUCUCAAUUUUUGUCGCUAUUUACUCUACUUUCUCAAAAUAAAGUUUACUUUCAACGUAUUUAUAAAAAAAAAAAAAUUCCACCGGAAUCCAAUUCCCAAAAUCCAAAUUAAACGCUAACAGCGGGCUUCCUCUCUCCUAACUUACAUCAAGCUCUCCAUUUUUGUCGCUAUUCACUCUACUUUCUCAAAAUAAAGUUUACUUUCAACGUAUUUAUAAAAAAAAAAUAUAUAUAUUCCACCGGAAUCCAAUUCCCAAAAUCCAAAUUAAACGCUAACAGCGGGCUUCCUCUCUCCUAACUUACAUCAAGCUCUCCAUUUUGGUCGCUAUUUCACUCUACUUUCUCAAAACCCCAUAGGCAGGGGCGUAAACCUAGGCGGAUUCGCCAUGUCAUCGUUACUCGAAACAUGCAAGCUUUUAGACCAAAGCUCCUCGGCUCUAUCCACCAUCGCCGUUGCAGUUGCCGCCCUCUCCUGCGAGGCCGCGAGGGCCAACUUAUCAGCCUUCGACUUAAGCGAUUCCGGGGAUGGGUCCGUCGCCAAAGACGACAUCGGAGUCGCUAGCGACAUCAAAGUUUUACUCAACGGCUCCAAAUUGGUAGCAAGUUCUAACAACGGAGAUGGUAAAGUUAACAUUAAUUCGUUUUCUAAGAUUCCUGUCUUUAAUGGAAAUGUGAGGGAAGCGGUUAAGAGUUUGCAUUCUGUUAUUGGGGUGGUUACGAAUUGGGAUGAGAAGUUCGGGGGGAAAGUUUUACAUUUGGGGUUUGAGUUAAGGAAUCUUGGGGAGAGUAGUUUGGAAAGAGUGAGAUUGAAUUUGGGUUCAGUUGGGUUCGAGGGUGUAAAGGACAUUUUUGAAAAGGAUUGUUUAAGUGAGGAAAGUUUGAGAAAUGGGAUAAAACUGGCUGUGGAAGCAGGGCUGGAGAAAGAUUACGUAAAGUUGGUGAAGGAGGUGGAUUUGAUUUUGGGGAUUGUGUGGAAAAUUGUUGCCUGGGAGGCUGUCACCGCAUUUUUUGUUCUUGAAGGAGCGGAGGUUUUGAAUGAGAAGAGUGGUGGAAAAGGAGGAGAGGCUGAUGGAGGGAAUGUAAAAGCAGAAAGGAAGAGGAAGAAGAAGGUUUUUUUGGGUAAGGGAACUAGUGUUAUUGUGGAGGUGCUUAAGGAUAGGGUGAUGAGUAAAGGAGAGGGGUUAGAGAAAGUAGUGGAGGAGCUAUUAUCAUUUUUGGAUCCGAAAAGUCCGGAGUUCGAUGGUUUUUUGAAGAAGGUGAAGGAGGUUUUGGAGAGCAAUGAAAGUAGAAGAAUCCCCAAGACUCCUAAGGGUACUCGUGAUUUUGCUAAAGUGCAAAUGGCGAUAAGAAAGAAAGCAUUUUCUGUUAUAACAAAGGUUUUCGAGAGGCAUUGUGCCACAGCCCUGGAUACUCCUGCUUUUGAAUUGAAGGAGACCCUUACUGGUAAAUAUGGGGAGGAUUCGAAGUUGAUCUAUGAUCUUGCAGAUCAGGGUGGAGAGCUUUGUUCUCUAAGAUAUGACUUAACUGUUCCAUUUUCUCGGUAUGUGGCCAUGAACGGUCUCACAUCAUUUAAAAGAUACCACAUAGAUAAGGUUUGGAGAAGGGAUAACCCGUCUAAAGGGAGAUAUCGAGAAUUUUAUCAAUGUGAUUUUGAUAUUGCUGGCCAAUAUGAAAAGAUGGGACCAGACUUUGAGGUUGUUAGAAUUUUGUCUGAAGUACUCAACGGACUAAAUAUUGGCGACUAUGAGAUAAAAUUGAAUCACCGUAAGUUGCUUGAUGGAGUGCUGGAAAUCUGUGGUGUGCCACCAGCAAAAUUUAGAACUAUUUGUUCAAGUAUUGACAAGCUAGAUAAACAACCCUUUGAGCAAGUUAAAAAGGAAAUGGUGGAAGAAAAAGGGUUAUCUGUUGAGACAGCAGAUAAAAUUGGAACUUUUGUGAAGAUAAGAGGACCUCCUUUAGAAUUAUUAUCAAAGAUUAUGGGAGGAAUUGAGGGUAGUGAGCUUCUUAAACACGAUGCCUCCAAAGAAGCAUUAGGUGACUUGUCAGUUUUAUUUGAAGCUCUGGAUAAAUCAAGGUGCAUAGACAAAGUGGUUUUUGAUUUGAGUCUUGCCAGAGGUCUUGACUACUAUACUGGAGUCAUAUUUGAAGCUGCUUUCAAAGGAGGAGUACAGGUUGGUUCAAUUGGUGCUGGUGGACGUUACGACAAUCUGAUAGGAAAUUUUGGCACAAAGCAGGUUCCAGCUGUUGGUAUGAGUCUUGGGAUUGAGCGAGUAUUGACUAUAAUGGAAGAGAAAGCACAGAACCAGACAGUCCGAGCCACAGAAACCCAAGUAUUGGUGGCUGUUCUGGGUGAUAAACUCUCUGUAGCUGCAGAGCUGGUUAGUGAGCUUUGGGAUGUAGAUAUUAAAGCAGAAUACAAGGUCCAUAAAAAGAUGAUGAAGCACAUUGAAUAUGCUAUAGACUCAAAGAUUCCAUGGAUGAUUAUUGUGGGUGAGCGAGAGCUGAAUGAAGGGAUUGUGAAGUUGAAGAACAUUGAGACCACCAAUGAGGAAGUGAUUCCUAGAAAUAAACUUGUUGAGGAACUACAGCAGCGGUUGAACCCAUGAAAAGUCUCCCUCCUUUCCGAUCUAACACGUAAAAUUUUCUUAAUGUUUUUAUUUCUGAACAUACAUAUACUUUAGGAGUUAUGGCAAAUGAAUAUGUUGUGGGGAAUAUGGUCUUAAUUUUAUGUGAAAGUGAGAAAAGGUUCCAUGAUUUUACCAUAUAGAGGCUGUUUGGUUCGGCCCAUCAUGGAUGCUUUCUGAAAAUAGUAUCCUUUCUUCAAACCCUCAUAAUGAAGCAAAUCUCGUUUUGGUGUAAGAAAUAUGAAAGUUUGUUCUAGUUGAAAUAAUUAAUGUGGUUGUAUUGGUGGUUCAGUAAUCUACUGCUUGAGGCUAAAAGCUAUUUAUAGUUGAUAGCAACAAUGAUGUCAUUGCUUACUUGUUAUGUUCUCCUUCCUACUUUCUUAUGAAACGUCAGAAUGGUCAAUUGUAAAAAGCUAUCAAAAUGGCAUGAAAUUUCACAUUUGGGAUUUUCAAAUGCAACAUGGAAGGCUGCAAACCCAGUUCGUUGCUUCCUUACGUUUUUCCUUGCAGACCAAAGUAUAAAUUGUCUCCUAUGUUAUCCUGUUUUAGUUUUUUUUUUUUUUUUUCC